AUGGGGAGCGGAGCCUCCGUCCUCCCCCCUCACCUCACCGCCGAGCCAAAGGUCCCGUCCCGCCCGCUCCCCGCCCGCCCCGGCCGGGGAGGGCCGAGCCUCGCCCCGUCCCUCUUCUUCGCCGCGUGUCGGCCACGUGACUGCGCCGGUAGUGUCUUAGCCCUCGGCCCCGUCCGGCCCGGACCCCUCAGCGGCGGGCGACACGGCCGGACCCCCCCCCGGACCUCCCCCCAGACCCUUUUGGACCUCUCCGGACCCCCCAGACUCCCCCAGACACCCCCCGGACACCUCCAGACCCCCUCAGGACCCCCCCAGCACCCCCAGACCCCCCCAGACCCCUCCGGAACCCCCAGACCCCCCCAGACUCCCUCCGGACAACCCAGACACCUCCAGAUCCCUCCAGACCCCCCCAGACCCCUCCGGACCCCUCCGGAUCCCCCCCCCGACUCCCUCCGGACCCCUCCAAAAUCUCCGGACCCCCCAGAUCCCUUCGGACCCCCCCAGUCACCCCUAGAUCCCUCCGGACCCCCCGAUCCCUCCGGACCCCCCCAGACCCCCUUCGGACCCCCCCCCCCGACCCCCUCCGGACCUCUCCGGCCCCCCCUCCAGACUCCCCCCGGACCCCUCCAGAACCCCCGGACCCCCCAGACCCCUCCGGACUUCUCCGGACCCCCCCCGGACCCCCCCCAGACCCCCUCAGAACCCCCGGACAUCCUUCAGAGCCCCUCCGGACCCCCCGUGAUCGCCCCGGACCCCCCCAGCCCCCCCGGACAUCCUCCAGAUCCCCUCAGGACCCCCCCAAGAAUUCCCAGACACCCCAGACCCCCCCCAGACCCCUCCGGACCCCCUCGGACCCCCAGGACCCCCCCCGCAGACCCCCUUAGGACCCCCCAGACCCCUCCGGACCCUCCCAGCCCCCCUGGGGAUCCUCCCAGACCCCCCCCGGACCCCCCAGGCCACCCCUGGACCUCCUCCGGCCUCUCCCAGACCCCCCCAGACCCCUCCGGACCCCCCCAGACAACCCCAGAUCCCUCCGGACCCCCCCAGACCCCCUCCGGACUUCUCCAGACCCCCUCGGACCCCCAGGACCCCCAGACCCCCUUAGACCCCCCCAGACCCCUCCGGACCUUUCCGGACCCCCAGGACCCCCCCCAGACCCACUCAGGACCGCCCCAGACCCCUUCGGACCCCCCCAGACCCCCUCGGGACACCCCGACACCCCAGAUCCCUCCGGACUUCUCCGGACCCCCUCGGACCCCCAGGAACCCCCCCAGACCCCCUUAG